AAUCUAUCAAAAGCCCACCUUCCCCCGCUCUUGUAUAUCUCUGGCGGCACAACUCAUUUACCUGCCUUCGUACUGCUGACCGCCAGACCACCUAUACCUUUCGACUCUUACCUCUGGAUUCAUAGAUGUCCGUAUUGUCAAGGACCUUCGUGCACUGCAUUUUUGCGCCUCGCGUAGCGUCCUUAACGAGCACCCGAACCGCAGUUGUAUCUGCACUCGCCACGCAAGUUCGAGUGCUAGCCUCGACCCUUUUGGCCGUUUCCGCUGCGCGGUUCGCCCCGCGAUCCGCUGCUAACGCCGUUCACCACCGUGCGGCCCGUGGCGGCAGUGCAUUCCGCGAAGUAUCCGACCGUCUCUUCCACGCGCGCGUCACGCCAGUGGCUGUCCCAUUGCUUGCGCGGCUCGGCGAGCGGAAUCUGGGGGAUAUGGUGCAUCAGACCACCGCGCUCUCUCCCCACCUGAGGCUCACUGCCUCCUUCUGCGCCUCUCGGUCGCGCCGCACGCUGCUUCCGCCGCCUAUAGCGGGCACGGAGUGGCUCCACGCAGCCAACAAAGGCUGUUUGAUCGCCACGGGAGCGGACAGCAGGAUACCCGUCUCUCAUUUUCAGGUUUCGGGGAGGGCUUUGCAUGCUGCCAGCGACACAUUGCUCAGAAUCCGGCCUUGCGCCAUGGCGCGCGGGGAAGAGGGAUCUAGCAAGGUCGGCGCAGAGGGGGGGGGUUUUAACACAGAACCGGCGAACUCGCGUGAGGCUGACGUGCGCGCUAAUCUGUCUAGAACAGCCAGCAACGCGAGCUCUGAUAGCGGCAGCAGCAGCAACAGCAGCCAUGGGCGGAGCAGUCUAGUGGUGAUCUCUUUCUACAAGUUCGCUCGGCUGGACGACUUCGAGGCGCUGAAGCGGCCGCUGGAGCAGGUGUGCCGCGACCUGCGCGUGUCGGGCGGCGUGAUCGUCGCGCGGGAGGGCAUCAACGGCAGCAUCUGCGGCACGCCCGCCGCCGCCGCCGCCGUCAUUGACUGGCUGCGCGCCGAUGCCCGGCUCGCGGGGCUACGCACCACCGUGCAGCCGGCGGGCGCGGAGGAGAGAGAGGCGCACCGCGCAGCGGAGGCGAUGGAGGCGGAGGAGCAGGGGGAGGGGGGAGGCGAGGCAGAAGGGGAAGGGGGAGGGGAGGGGGGCGCAGUGGACGGGCUGUCGGAGUGUUCUCCGCUGGCGGCGGGGAGAGACGCGCCCUUCAGAUGGAACCACGUGCGCGUUAAAGUGAAGAAAGAGAUCGUGACGCUGGGCAUGCCCGAGGUGAAUCCCGCGGAUGGCGUGGGCGCGUAUGUCAGUCCGCACGAGUGGAACCACCUCAUCUCCGACCCCACCACCGUGGUGGUGGACGUGCGCAACGACUACGAGACGCGCAUCGGCGCCUUCAAGCAUGCCAUCGACCCGCACACACGCUCCUUCCGCCAGUUCCCCGAGUGGGUCCUCCACCACCUCCCCCUCCCGCCCUCCGCCUCCCCUCACUCCUCCCCCACUGCCUCUCCCCCUCGCCCCUCCUCCGCCUCCACCAUUUCCCCUGACCCCUCCCCGGACGCAUCCUCCCCUGCACCGGCGUCCCCUCCGCGUGUGGCGAUGUACUGCACGGGGGGCAUCCGCUGUGAGAAGGCCACCGCGUACAUGCUGCACCUCGGCUUCAAAGAGGUGUACCAUCUGGACGGCGGCAUCCUGCGCUAUCUGGCCGAGGUGCCUCCCGACGACAGCCUGUGGGAAGGCGAGUGCUUCGUCUUCGACAAGCGCGUGGCCGUGGGCCACGGGCUGCAACCCACCGCCACCUUCCGCCUGUGCUACGCGUGCCAGCAGCCGGUGGACGCGGCGGACAUGCAGUCGCCGCUGUGGGAGGAGGGUGUCUCGUGCCCGCACUGCCACGCAAGCAAGAGCGCUGAGGAGAAAGAGCGCGCACGCGCCAGGCAGCAGCAGUUUCAGCGGUGGGGUGCGGUGGGCGGGCCGGGCGGUGAGAAGGCAGAGCGGGCCGCUGAGAGGAUGAGGAGGAGGGUGGAGAGGAGGAGGGGGGGGAGAAGAGCGUGGUGUGAGGGGGAAGGGGGGGAGAAGAGUGCGGUGUGAGGGGGGAAGGGGGACGGAAGAGGCACUAGUUUUGUUGUCCAGUGAGCAUGUUCAACAGGCUUCUUUAGAGCGUGGUACACGAGGGCAAGGGUCAGGGCCGCAUAGAGGGUCGGGGCGCAAUGAUGACACUUCACCGCACUAGACCACCUUUGCAGGCAAGCCAGCAGUGCAGCUUUGCAGUGGUGUGCCGAUGCACCUACUACUUCCAUGUUGGAACACCAGCAGGCCCUGGUUGAUUGUGUAGCUUAUCAACACGUGCCAUCCACGGAGGCCGUUGAUGCUGGAGCGGAACAAGCUGUUCCUUAUUUAUUAGCUGAACUAGGCACCAU